CUUUGAAUGGCUGCUUGGAAUAGCAGGCUCUUUAUUGUGUGUGUCUGCAUGUGUUUGUGUGUGUGCAUGCAUGUUUGAGUGCAGCAAUGCCAAUAACUUUGAAGUGAUGCAAGGCUUCCCCAGUCUGUACAAUUUUCAUCCUCUAGGAACGAGGACCUGCCUAGCUGCGAGCUCUGCCUGCAGAUAGCUGGAGUGUUUGAAUUGAAUUAGCACUGUAGUGAUUUUAUGAAUGAAGCAAAAUGCAGGUUCGGUGCAGGAGCAGAGCAGGCAGCUGCGGUGCGGGAGCUCUCUCUAGCAGGAGCUGUCACACAGGGACCCGCGCUGAUGAGCACAGACAUGACACAGACCUGCUACAAGUGCCCGGAGCACAAAGUAAGGCAGCUGCAAGGAGCCAGCACCUGGGCCAUGGAAACAUGCUCCUGAAAACAAGCUAGCACAAAUCCAACCGAGCCCAAGAGCUGCGUGUCACCGGAGCUGGGCUUAGCUGGAGCAUCCCGUGCAGAGCCCUUCCCUUCCAACCAAGCCUGCUGGUGACUGUGUGGCAGAGGAGCAGGCAGAGCCCCCGAGCAUCUGCAUCUCCUCCACGCAUUGAUGCUUGUGCUGCCAGCACAGCUUGUACGGGAGCACGCAUGAGGCAGACGAUGAGGGAGCCAGCCGGUGCGUGGAUGGGCUGGCUGCACAUGCCCAAAGCCAAGCAGGAGGGAUCGCAGAGCACGGCGGGGAGAAGGCAGAUUUGGGUUUGCAAGGUCCAGAAAAGCUGAGUGAAGCUGAUGGAGAUCGGCUGAGAGAAGCAACCUCCCAAAGAACUGACCACUGCCGGACCACGCUUCACCUCUCCCCCUCAGCUGUCUGUACCCAAGGGACAUGGGGGGGGAGAUGGGCUCCGUGUAGUGUUUCUGCCUUUUUUGCACCCCUAUCCCAACUGUUAAGGAAGAAGAAAUCUGUCUGUGCUAGGUUACCCUCUUUUCUGCAGACUUUCUGCAUGACAUCUCCACAGCACCUGUCACCUGGUAAUGGGAAGAAGAGAAAAUGGGGGCAAGUCAUCAAGAAGAUGAACAUUGCCCAUCCUCUAGCGCGACAGUGGCCACCAGCAGAGUCUCUGACCCAAGGACAGCUGGAGCAGGACACGGUGCUGCCAUCCUGCCAAGCAAGCAAGCGGGAUGAAGAGGGCAAUGGAGUCAUUGGGUGUGGAGGCAAAAGGACACCAAAUUUACUGGGAAAAGCUGCAAAACUUCACAGUUCCCGUGAUAAAACCAACCCAAUCUGCCCCAUUGAAGAGGCAGAGUGAUGUCUUUGCCUGCGGAGCCCUGCAAGGACAAGGCAGUCCAACACCUGCUCUCACAGCGUUUUCUAAAUGAAUAGACAACCUGAGCUGCGUAAAAUAUGUACUGCAAACAUUUCUGUGUGCAGUGACCUUUACGUUGGUACAGGCUUCUUGUUAUGCCUUAAAAUCCUGGUGUUUUACGUACUUUUUCGUGUGUUUUUCUGAAGCAGGUUUGCUUGCCAGGUUUUUCCCUUUGCCUACACCCCAAGCCAGCACAAACUCAAAGCAACAGUCAUGAUUUAUACAGCACUGGGCUUAAGCUAACCAAAAGCUCCCAUGUACAAAGAGCAACUACCUGCCUAAAGCGCCGCAGAGUGAUCUCUCAGCCCGCUGCAUAAGACACAUUCGCAGACAGGACUGUCUGAAAUAGAUAUCUCAGCAUGGGCACACAAACAUCUGUGGGCUCACACUUGACAGAGCACAUGAAAAGAACCAUGUUUACACAUACCUAGAGCUCACAGCGCAACCUACAGCUUGUGCUACAUACCGAAAAUGCCUUUUUCCUCCAUCACUUGACAAUUGGAAACUGCAGGUCACGAUAUAGCAGGAGCUUCUCAUUCAAGGAAAGCUGUUCAGGGAAAGCACUGCAGAAAUGCUGGACUUUGUCAUCUAUUUCCUGUGAUACAUUCCCUUUAGCUGCAAAUGUGGAGGAUGCAGAUCUUCCUCGGAUGAGACCCCACUGAGCAAUGGUUCACCAUUUCCCAGCAGUCACGUUUCUCAGAACAGGAAAAACAGCUCUCCAAAAACCUGUGGCAUGAGCAAAGCCUCUGACAUUCAAAGGCCAGGAGGAUGUCCCUAACCGAUGAGCUGGAGAGCCACUUCUCUGCAACCCCCUACAUGGUGACGGACACCAGUGAGAGCAGCCUGUUCAGAAUCAGACCCAAUGCCUCCACGAACACCACCGGGGCCAGCAUGGCAGCCGCCGGUUCCAUGGAGGACAUGAUCGCCAUCUGCACCAUUGGGACCAUCCUCUCCCUGAUGUGCGUGAUUGGGGUGACUGGCAACGUCUACACCUUGCUGGUGAUGUGCCACUACCUGCGAUCAUCUGCCUCCAUGUAUAUUUACAUCAUCAACCUCGCUCUGGCAGACCUCCUCUACCUUCUCACCAUCCCCUUCAUCGUUGGGACCUACUUCAUCCAGAAAUGGUACUUUGGGGACGUUGGCUGUCGCAUCCUGUUCAGUCUGGACUUCCUCACCAUGCACGCCAGCAUCUUCACCCUUACAGUCAUGAGCACAGAGCGCUACUUUGCUGUGCUGAAGCCCCUGGACACAGUGAAGAGGUCCAAGAGCUACCGAAAGGCCAUUGCUGUUGUCAUCUGGCUGGUAUCGCUGCUGCUCACUCUCCCAAUGCUCAUCAUGAUCCAGUUGGUGCAAAGGGACAACAAAAGCAUCUGCCUGCCCACCUGGAGCAAGCUGUCCUACAAAGUCUAUCUCACCAUCCUCUUUGGCACCAGCAUCGUGGGCCCAGGGGUAAUCAUUGGCUACCUCUACAUCCGACUAGCUAAGAUUUACUGGGUGUCGCAAACAGCAUCCUUCAAGCAGACCAAGCGGCUGCCGAACCAAAAGGUGCUCUAUUUAAUCUUCACAAUCGUGCUGGUGUUCUGGGCUUGCUUCUUGCCUUUCUGGAUAUGGCAGCUCCUCUUCCAGUAUUAUGAAUCCUUCCCUUUAUCUCCCAAGGUGAUGAAGAACAUUAAUUACCUGACAACCUGCCUGACCUACAGCAACAGCUGUAUCAACCCCUUCCUCUACACCCUGCUCACCAAAAACUACCGGGAGUACCUGAAGAACAGACAGCGGACCCUCAGCAGCAGCAGUGGGUACUUCCAAAGAAGGAAUCGGUUUCAGAGAAUUUCGGGGAGAUCCCUGUCCACAAGCAGCCAGCACUGCACAGAGACAUACGUUCUUGCUCAUGCUCCUUUGGGAAACAGCAGUGCCUGAAGGUAAAAUGCAUCUCGAAGAACAAUCAAUAUUGACUUCAAUGUUGCUUUGAUUUAAAGUGUACAUUGUAAAGGCAAAGCCUUAGCAGCUCCAUAAUGUGCACACAUUUAGUCCAGAGGCUGUGCCGUUUGUCUGUUCUCAUUUUCUCCAGCGCCACUGAUUUGAAGCUCGCAAAUAGCCUUUCGCUUUUCAUCUUUAUAUUUUAUAGUGUGUGUCUCCUCAAGUAGCUAUCAAUAAUGAAAACCUAUUAUAGGGCCAUGUUUUUUAAUAGUAUCAGCUGUCUCACAGAGUUUAAAAUUAUGUUAUCCCGUGAAUGGCUGUAGUUCGUUCUUUUUAAAGCAGUAAUGCUAGAUUAGUACUUGUAUGAGAACUGAAAACAAUGAAAUAAAGACAAAGCAGCUGAUGGUUGUG